ACAGAAGAAGAAGACCGUGACAUCGGUGACAUGGUAACACGGUAACACGGAACGUCAACAUCCGGAGUAUCAGGGAGGAUUUUCAUGUGAAGUUAGUGAAGUAACUGUGUGUCCUCCUCGCUCUUCUCAGUUGUCAUGGCGAGUCAGCGGCCUUCCUCCAGCAUGGGCCGUCCGGUGAGUCGUAGUGGAUCUGUGGUUCCUGGAUCUGGGAGACCCCCAACAGCUGUCCGACCUCCGCCUACAGCCAUACGAGUCGCAACUGGGAUGGUUCCUGGUACGAGGGGCGGAGUCCCAGUCGCCACCCCCGGAGUUCUGUCCGCACAGAUCAGAGUGACUGACAGACCUGUCACUCAGCAGGGACUCAGUGGGAUGAAGACUGGCAUGAAAGGACCUCAGAGACAGAUUCUGGAUAAGUCCUAUUACCUGGGCCUCCUUAGGAGUAAAAUCACUGAGUUGACCACAGAGACCAGCAAACUGCAUAAAGAGAUUGACAAUUACAACCAAGAGAACUCUGUCUACCUUUCCUAUGAGAAGAGGGCUGAAGGAAUGGCUGCAGAGAUAAAGGAACUACAAGGUCAACUAGCCGACUACAACAUGCUGGUGGAUAAACUCAACACCAACACAGAGAUGGAGGAAAUGAUCAAUGACUUCAACACUUUAAAGGCUCAGAACGACAGAGAGGCUGAAAGCAUCGACCGUAUCUUCACUGAGAGGAGAGAGAGAGAGGAGGCAGUGAGGGCCAUAGAGGAGGAGAUCAAGAGGGAGAGACGGGUGGCAGACGAGGUGGUACAGUCCAUGCCGGCUGCAAAACAAAACAAGUAUUUCACCAUGGCUUCCACCAACGAGGAGCUGCUGCAGGAGCUCAGUGUUCUGCAGGAGGAGCUGGACGUCCUCAUGACCAGGAAGGAGGAUUAUGAAGCUGAGCUGGCUCACUCGCAGAUCAAACAGGAAGUGGUGCGUCUCCAUGAGACUCUGUCAGCGCUGGAGGCAAAGCGUGACGCCAUGGAGGCGGAGCACAAGAGCCUGGGCUCGCCACAGGAAGAGAGGGAGAAGCUAUUCAAACAGGUGAAGGAAGACAACCAGGAAAUCGCCAACAUGGAGACGCAGCUCACAGAGAUCAGAGACAGGAGUGGACAGAUCACAGAGCAGAUCCGUCAGCUGGAGCAGGACUCAGAGGAAGCUCAGGGGGAGUGUCAACAGAAAUACAAGGAGCUGAAGAAGAAGGAGGAGGAAAUUGACCGAUUUGUGGAGUCGUUUGAGAAGUCGAGGUCUGAGGUUCAGGAGAAGAUGACGCAGAGUCAGGAGAACAUCGUCUCUGUCCUGGAGCUCUGCAGCAGGAACAUGUUGCGACUUCGUCAGGUGGACACAGUGACAGCCAGUGAGCUGAGGAACAUGCAGGAGGUCCUGGUCAGUAAGGAGACUGAGGUGGUCCAAUCAGAGAGCACCGCCAGAGGACUGACAACAGAGUCCCAGCGUCUGCAGCAGGACCUGGAGAAGGUGCAGCAGCUGGAGGGGAAGAUCACAGGAGAGCUGAGCAGCCUGAAGGAGCGGAUCAGCACCAUGGAAUCUGAGCUGCUCACCUUCAGAGACCUGGACUCGCUCAGGCGCUCGGCAGAGGACAAGAAGAGGAGGCUGCAGGACGAGCGUCUGUCGCUGACUCAGCGUCAGGAUUCAUUCAAACAGCUGCUGGAGGAGAUGAACCAGAACUAUGAAGCUCUGAAAACCAAAGUGCAAGACAACGAGACCCACGCUCAGCUGGCUAACCUGGAGAGGAAGUGGCAGCACCUGGAGCAGAACAACUUUGUAAUGAAAGAGUUCAUCGCUUCAAAAUCCCAGGAGAGCGACUACGCCUCUGUGGCCAAGACCGUCGCUCAACAAGUGUCUGAGUACAACAAGAGUCUCAUAGACUCACUACAGAACAACAGAACCUGAACAGAACCUGAACAGAACCUGAACAGAACCUGAACAGAC